UCUUCCUGCGCUCCCUUUUCCUCCCUCGGGCAACAGCUGUUUGCCUUCCUGGGGUUCUUUGUCAGCGCCAUGUGGAUCAACGCCGCAGCCACGGAAGUGGUGAACAUCCUGCAGACCCUGGGCAUCAUCUUCCACCUGAGCAACACUGUCUUGGGCUUAACCCUGCUGGCCUGGGGAAACAGCAUCGGGGACAUGUUCUCCGACCUCACCAUGGCCCGGCAAGGUUACCCCCGAAUGGCUUUUUCAGCCUGUUUUGGGGGGAUUAUCUUCAGUAUCCUUUUCACAGAAUUGCAGGGCUCAAUUCCAAGAACGGAGGUUGUUAAGUCCUAG